AGAGAGAGAGAGAGAGAGAGAGAGAGAGAGAGAGAGAGAGAGAGAGAGAGAGGUGAAGAAGAUGAGUCUAGUGGCAGGCUCGUACGAGCGAUUCAUCUGGGGAUUCAAACUCAAAACCCUAAAAAACCACCACUCCCAACAAAAACCCCUAACCCUAACCUCUCUCUUCACCUUCCCCUCCCACACCGCCCCCGUCAAGUCCGUCGCCGUCUCUGGAUCCGCCGCGGCCUCCGGCGGCGCCGACGACACCAUCAAGCUCUACGACCUCUCCACCUCCGCCGAGAUCGGCUCCUUCACCGACCACUCCGCCUCCGUCACCGCACUCUCCUUCUUCACCCCACCCUCCCUAUCCUUCCCUCGCAACCUCAUCUCCGCCUCCGACGACGGCCACGUCUGCAUCUACGACGCCGACCCUUUUAUCCACUUGAAAACUAUCAAAGCCCACAAGAAAGGAGUUAACGACCUCUCGAUACACCCCUCGGGGAAGCUGGCGCUGACGGUGGGGAGAGACUCGUGCUUGGCGAUGCUGAAUUUGGUGAGAGGGAGGCGGAGCUUUUACUGUAGGUUGGAUAAGGAAGCGAGCAUUGUGGAGUUUGGGUUGGGUGGGGAUAAGUUCUUUAUGGUUAUGGAUGAGAAGGUUUCGGUGCACGAGGCCGAGGACGCGCGGUUGGUUCUCGAAAUGGAUUGUGGGAAGAGGGUUCUAUGCGCAGCUCCUGGCAUUAAUGGACUUCUUUUUACUGGUGGCGAGGAUCGGGCUAUCAAGGCGUGGGACACAACCAGUGGGAAGGUUGCUUAUUCUAUUGAAGAUGCACAUUCAGCCCGUGUUAAAGGCAUUGUUGUGCUUACAGGCAGUAAUGCUGAUUGUGGCGAUGCUGAUCCAUAUAUGGUGGCAUCUGCAUCAUCAGAUGGUGUCAUACGUGUCUGGGAUGUUCGCAUGGCCAACAAAGAGAACCCGAUACCCUUGGCUGAGGCUUGUACAAAAUCAAGACUAACUUGUCUUGCUGGGUCAUCUCUGAAAUCUGUUAGGCAGCCAAAACUCGGGGCCAGUGCUAUCGACAAAGAGCAGGAUGCUAGAGCUGAAGAUUCAUAGAUCCAUCAAUAGCAAUGUGGAAAGAGGCAUACAUAUUUUCAAGGCACUCCAUUUGGUCUGUAAUCUGACUGAGCUGGUCUUGCUAUUGAAAUGCUUGGGUCAUCCUGAGUCCUGAUCCAUCCGAUUUUGGCAUUCAAGAUUUCUAUUAUCUGUGUCGUCAGGAGAUAGAUGUAUCAUUAAUUUUGUCAUGGUAGUAUUUAUUUAUCCUCCCUAAGGAGUCCGUUUCACCCCAUAAUUUUGUUCAGGCGUGUGAUUUUCAUACAGUAUACAAUUUUGUGUAGGCUUGUGAUUUUCACAAUCUCCUAUCUUGUGUAAUGAAGAGAAUUUUUGUCAAGUAGUCGUCUUGCUUAUCAUGGAUUUAUAGUUAUUGCUCAUCGUUUAAUCAAAUCAUAAAUUUCUACUUGCUUCCAAA